ACUUUUGCAUUAUUUUUCUCGUGAUUUAAAAUCGAUCAUCACAUGAUUAUUAUUUCAAGAUAAUUUAUCUUAAAUGAAAGUUACCUAAUCUCGCCAAUAUCCGACUCUAUGUACCUUAUAAAAUCUGCAACUGCCUGAGGUGACUGCUGUAACAUUUGAAGAAAAAGAUGUCACUCAUAACUUAUGGAAUACUAACAGUAAGCGAUAGUUGUUAUGCAAAAGAAAAUGUUGACAAAAGUGGUCCACUUCUGAAAAAACUUAUCAGUACUACUAAGAAUUUAGAAGACUAUGAAAGUCGUAUAGAAUGUUGCAAUGUUGUUCCUGAUGAAAUAAGUGCUAUUGAGACAAUUCUUAUUGAAUGGUCGGAUAAAAGAGGCAUAAAUGUCAUUUUCACAACUGGUGGAACUGGAUUUUCUCCACGCGAUGUUACUCCUGAAGCAACUAAGAAUGUUAUCCAGAGAGAGACUCCAGGAUUUACUCAUGCCAUGUUUACUAAAAGUUAUGAAGCUACGCCACUAGCCUGCUUGUCUAGAGCAGCCAGUGGUAUAAGAGGAAAAACAUUGAUCAUUAAUUUUCCUGGAUCACCAAAAGCAGUAGAAGAAUGUUACCGUGCAGUACAAAGAGCAAUUCCUCAUGCAGUUGAUUUAUUAUGUGAUCAACUGCAAUUUAUAAAAGAUACACAUGCGAAAAUUCUAAAACAAGAAAAACUAUGCGGUUGUUCUCACAAAAAAGGAAAUGUUUCUUUAAAUUUGAAUAAUGUUGCUAGUCGACUUAGAGAAUCACCAUAUCCCAUGAUUACCAUCGAGGAGUCUCAAGAUAUUUUACUUAAAACUUGUGAUAAUGAUUUACCUUUUGUUACAAUUGAUAUUUGGGAAUGCUUAGGAAGGGUAUUAGCAGAAACAGUUCAUUCGCCAUGCAACUUACCACCAUUUAGGGCUUCGAUCAAAGAUGGCUAUGCUGUUAUAGCAUCUGAUGGAAAAGGCAAACGUUUAGUUUUGAGUGGCAUUGAAGCGGGUCAUGAACCUGAAAAAAUAAAAAUCAAGCCAGGAACAUGUGUGAGAAUAAAUACUGGAGCACCUGUACCUCAUGAUGCUGACGCUGUUGUACAAGUUGAAGAUACCAUAUUGUCACAAGCAACGCCGGAUGGAAAUGAAGAGCUGGAAAUUGAAAUACUAACAGAGCCCGUCGUGGGCCAAGAUAUCAGACCGAUCGGACUCGAUAUUAGCAAAGGCGACGCGGUGCUGGAGGCGGGCACUAAAAUCGGUGCCGUGGAGAUGGGUAUCCUCGCUGCUUGUGGUGUCUCCCAAGUAGCCGUGACCUCGAUGCCGAAAAUCGGCGUGCUCUCGACCGGCAACGAGCUGCAGAAAGCCGGUGAGCCGGCUAUACCCGGACACGUCUACGACAGCAACAAAAUCACCCUGAUGAUGAUGCUGAAGGAGAACGGCUACGAAGCGCUGGAUUUGGGCAUCGCCAAAGACGAAGAGAACGACAUGUUCCUAGCGCUCGAGGGGGCUCUGGGUAACGCCGACGUUAUCGUUACGACGGGGUCGGUGUCGAUGGGCGACAGAGACAUGCUAAAACCAAUGCUCGAAAAGCGUUUCAACGCAAAAAUUCAUUUCGGUCGCGUGAAUUUGAAACCCGGCAAGCCGACGACUUAUGCCACUUGUCACUAUUUGGGCCGCAAAAAGUACUUCUUGUGUUUACCAGGCAAUCCGGUUUCGGCCAUGGUCACGGCCCAUCUGUACGUAAUUCCGCUCUUGAAUCAUUUGACCGGGAACAAAGAGAAACCCGUCGAGGUCCAAGCCAAGCUGACGAGUAGAUACUUGCUGGACCCACGUCCAGAAUUCGCUCGGGUGAAUUUGGUCUGGACGGACGAAGAUCCUCGCCCCAACGCCUACAGCACUGGAAAUCAAAUUAGCAGCAAAUUGCUGAGCUGCCGACGCGCCAACGCCUUGCUGAAGCUGCCCCCGAGGACAGAAGAGAAAAGGGAAUUGAAAAAGGGCGAUGUCGUACCGGCGAUACUGCUGGGAUUCAAGUAAUUUAUUUCUAUUUUUUUAAUACUUUUUUGAUGAAAAAAAAAAAAUGUUUACAUUCAUUCCACUUUAAUGUGAUUU